CGGACGGAUCUGCGGGAGCGCUCACAUUCACGGGAACUAGUUGUUGAAACAGGGAGACGGUCGGCAGCAGCGCUUCAUUACAUCCCGGGCGCCGGCGACGGAAACUACACACCUGUCCGCAACCAGAACCCAUCCAACCAGGAUUCCUGCUCAUUUUAAAACACGCUCUGAUCCAAAAAGGCGCAGUCGGGGACACUUUAUCCAGCAGUCUCUGUUGGACCCCCUUCCUACUGUCCUGCAGCCAAAGAAGUUUUAUUUACCCCUUUUUUAUGCCUUAAUUGAGAGACACUUUGCAACGACACUUGAGUCUCAUCCGAAGGUGUUGCUCUUAUUUGACCAUAAAAGUCGGAGUGACUGCGUACCUGGUUUCACAGGAGGAUCAUAAUGGCGAGACAUGACGUCCGAAACUCGCCCGAGCGCACGAAAAUGAUCGGACUGCUCUGCUUUGUCGCGUCGAUACUGAGUCCACACGGAACAUUGGGUCAGCGGGUGAAGGUAGAGCCAGAGGUAUCGUCAUAUCCUGGCCAGACGGUCCUCCUGCGCUGUGCCUUCUCAGAUCCCACCGGGGUCCAGCUCACAAUGGUCACAUGGAUCUAUGAGCCGAAGGAGGGUGAAAGGAUGAACAUAGCUGUGCUUCACCCCAGUUUUGAUCCCAACUAUCCCAUUUCACCUCUGAGGGAUAGAGUCAGCUUUGUAGCCAAAGAUCUGGAUGUGUCCAACCCUUCCAUCCAGAUAACUAAUCUUACGAUGAGUGACGCAGGGAAGUACAUCUGUGAAUAUGCAACCUACCCCAGUGGCAAUGAGCAAGGCAUCACUCAGCUGGUCAUGUUGGCAAAGCCCCUCAACUCGGCCUCCGCCGCCACGGUGGUGGCUGGCAGUCAGUUAGCUGUGGUGGCUACCUGCGAGUCCGUAGAUGGGCGCCCACCUGCCAAGAUCUCCUGGGUGACCACAGCCAACGGUAAUGCAACAACAGAGUCUAAGCCAGGGGCCGACAACACCGUGACGGUGAUCAGCAAGUACCGCAUGAUUCCCAAAUCGUCAGACAACGGGAAGGACAUCAGCUGUGUGGUGGAGCACAGGACCCAGGUCAAAUCAGACAGCAUCAAGCUGAAGCUAGCCAUUCAAUAUCCCCCUGAGGUGACAAUAGUCGGGUAUGACAAUAAUUGGUAUAUGGGUCGCACAAACGUGGUGCUCACCUGUCAGGCUAAAGCAAAUCCUGUUCCACUCUCUGUCAACUGGAAAACUAUGUCCGGUGAGAUGCCAGACACAGUGGUGAUCAAAGACAAAGAGUUGAAGGUGCUAAAGGUGGAUGAGACUGUCAACACCACUUUUGUCUGCGAGGUGAAGAACCGCAUCGGGAUCAGCAAGGACCAGGUCACCGCCAUAGUCAGAGAGCCCUCACAGAACUCUUCCAAUGCUGGCGUGGUAGCAGGAGCUGUUAUAGGCUCCCUGCUGGCUCUCCUUUUGGUUGCCGCCCUCAUUGCCGUGCUCAUCGCCCGUAGCCGCAGGCAGCAACAGGGUUACCGAGCCAACGGCACCGACAUGAAGACGCGCAUAUUUGGUGGCGGCAAGAAGGUGAGCAAGAACGGCACAGGUGGAGGGGCAGGAAGCGGCGGCGGCGGCGGCGGCAACAACAACGGCCCCAUCUACGUUUACAACGAGAGCUCGUCCCAAGGCCUCGGAGAGAAAAACAACCACCACCAGCCACUCACCAUGGAGGGCCACCCUGAAAUUGUCGCCACUACACCCACCGCCCAAGACAUCCUCCUCAGCAGCGAAUUAUAUGAUGCAGAGAGGAGGAAGUUUGAUGAGAUGGAGGACGACGAGCGGUACGACCACUUCUCUGGAGUGGCCCCCAUCCUUCAGCUUCGCCCUGCUAAUGACCAGGACAAAAUGGUUGAAGAUUACCUGGAUGAUGACAUGGAGUCCCAGAGGGAUGGCUCGGUCAUCUCGCGGACUGCUGUCUACGUAUAAAGGAGCAGCAAAAUAAUGGAGGAGGAGGAGAAAAAAGAAAGCUCUGGAAUUGUGUCCCAGUCUAAAAGAAGAAUACCACUCUUAUUUUUUGAAAAUUGAUUUUUAAAUAUAUCCUGUUAUUAAUCACAGUGCAGCCCCAGAAUUGACUUGUCUGAAACAGAGAGGGUGUGCGGGAUAUUUUUAAAAGGAGUGUUAUCAGCUCCUUAAGAACUGAAAAGCAAACAGAGAAAAGAACAACCUGUUUUCACCGCUUCUGCUGAUGCUCUUUCCAUCAUCGGGACCUUGACUCUUGACAGACUAAAAGACAAACUAUAUCGUAUCGGAGUAGGAAAAAGAAAUCACAAUAGCUUGACAGUACAAAAGGCAUCUCACUUGCCUUUUCACUCUUAACUUCACAAAAAAAAAAGAAAAAAAAACAGGUUGUCACAGAGUUACAGGAUGUUUGCAAUUCUGAGUCCUCCUGUGGAAAACACUUUGUUUUUGGUUGUGUGUUGCACAAUGACAUCUGGUGUGUUGGUGUGGUUUUAAACUAGAGAAGCAUCGAAUGCAUUUGCUCAUGUCAUGUGUUCUCUCUGCUCUCUCCUCCUGUCUCUAAAACUCUGAACGAGCGUCCCUGCACACUAAAAGAGAUGGAAGACUCAAAGAUGGAAUUGAACAAAAUCCGAAAAGCGUUCGGCCCCUUUUGUGAUUCACAAAUUUAAAAGACAAAUUUAAUAAAUGUGAGCUCACAGAGUACUUGAAACAACUUCUUAACAAGGUAUUAACAUGCAGACGUUUGUGCUGUGCCUGGAGCUUAGAGACUGUAAACAAGUAAUGAGGGAAUGAGGUGUAGCUGAUCUGACAGGGUCGAAAGGAUGAAGAGGCAGGAUGAAGGAGGACUAGAGACGAGCGCGUCUCUUCUUUUCCCUUCGUUUUCAUCCUCAUCUCUUCAGAGCGCUCCUGACAGGAGGAGCUUGAUUGGUAAUGAGCCGUGAAGUCGUUCGCUUAGCUGGCACCAACAGAUUGCCGCCACUUGCUGUUUAUGACGUGGCGUUUUCUCUCCCUCCCACCUCUAUUUUACCCAUCAUCCCCACGCGUCGUCUCUUUCUUCACCGCUCUCUCCAGUGUUUAUGGGUAGUUGAUGAUUUAUCCCGGGCAGUGAAGAGGUCAGGGCCACUGAGAGCAGGGGGGGGGGGGGUAUUUUACCGCUCUUGAUGUGUCGCACAUUCCACUCACUGGACUCCAGGCCAGCCCGCCCUGACAUAUCAGGUCUGAGUAAUCCACCUGGAGUAGCCAUGCUUGCUGUGCAGGGACCCUCGCCUCCUCCCCCACUCUAGUAAAUGGAUGGAUAUAACAAAGCCUUGCCUCCAAAGUACAAUGGUGUUAGGCAAGACAGAUUUUCAAUGAGGAUCAUAUAAUAUUUCUUUCCAUUAGUGGACGUUAAAUGUGGUGAAUUGAUCGGGACGCAUAAAAGGUUAGAUAUUGACUGAUGGGCAGCGGGUGGUGAAAUGGCCUUUUAUGAUGCAGCUUCAGGGCAGAUUGUCUCCCGACUGUUAAUUCAUCCUUUUAACGAGCCACUAGAGGUUCACUCAGGCAAAUAUUACUCCAUGGCUACUGUACGGCGCUCUGAGAUGCUCUGUGCACAUUUGCAUGUGUCAAAGUUUCUGGACAAUCGCAGAGAGAAGCUCCUCUAAUCACGCUUUCCCCGGCCUUCUGAUCAACUCCUGUGUGAUCCCCAAGGGGGGGAAUCUGGUGAGUGUUGUCUUGAUGACUAUCCUGACCUCCGUAAAGACUGCUAAGAACUGGGGUUGGCAUUUGCUGCAGGUUCAUGAGGUGAAAGGGGGAGUGACCCAUUGCCAAGGGCAGAGAUGACUAUGCUUGCCUUGCGUUUCUUAUAUGGCUGCUUAACCUUGACCUUCUGUUGUAAGAGAAACACUUGCGUAAAGACCUUGUAGCUCGUAGACGGCCCUUGUUUGCCAUUGUGAUGGCAGUUAACCUUCAAACAGGCAGAGACGGAACAGGAGAGGGACACAGGAGGCGGAUGACAAAAAUAGAGACGGCAUUUAUUGUUUCAACAAUGUCUGGCAUGCAUACUGUAAGCCAACGUGUUUGAUAGGAUUGUUGUCUAAUGGCCUUAGUUUAUACGUAAACGCAAAUCCGGUCAACCUGGGGUACGCGAAAUGUAAGGAACACGACUGAUUUAUCGCAACCACUCAAUUUGAAGGUGAUGUAUUACUUAUUUUUGCACUUGUCACAACUACAAAUAGAAAUGAGUGUAAGACUUGAUUUUUAGAGGUAAAAAUAUCAACAAGGGACAAAACGUUAUGUACAUUUUGGUGUGAGGUAUAUAUGUGUUCAAUAUAUGUAAGCAUUUUUAUUUUUCUUGUGAAAAUGUGGAUAUUUAAAAAAAAAAAAGGAAAAAAAUUGUAAAUAUCAGAUCAAUGGAGCCAGCGCUGCCAAGAAUCAAAAAGAAAUGCGUUCUAGGUUCGGCUUGGUCUAAAUUUGAAAUGUCUGGGAGGGUAUUUAGAAUGUAAUUUUUAAGUUGACUAAUACCUCAGAAGUUUGGGUGUUUACAACACCCUGAACUGGCUGAGCUUAGUUUACCUGAAACGUAGAAAUCAAUUUGGUAAUUUGGGAGUUUAUCCGACUAUCUGCAUUCCCUGUUAAUAACAAGCACAUGUUAUUUUUUUUGUGGACAAGUAGUUUCACUCCCACUCUUUGAUUGAUUCUCUACACAGGACACAAAACCACACAGGUAAACCUUAACCCCACAAGCAAGUCUGAGUCAGCUUUCUGUUUGUGUAUAGUUGUGUGCUGGUGUGUAUUGUGGUGAUGCUCGCAGACUUUGGGACAUCUGUCCUCGCCACCAGGGCUGUAACCUGAGUAGCCACUCUGUCACCGUGGAAAAAAAGUGGCAAACUGAAGAUUUUAUUGUGCAUUUUGAAGACUUGCUCACACACAGACGCACACAUACGGUACGUGUACAUACGGUGAAUGUAGAGAAACAUUCGCCCACACACAAACACCCCUGAGUCUCUCUCAUUAUGCUCACUCCCACAGCCAAACUGUGCAGCAAGCACCUCAUACCUGACAACUCUGCAGUCUUCUGACAUAAGCCUACACAAAUCUGUUCCCAUAGCUGCACACAUACAGAUAAAAAAAAAAAAACAAUAUAAAAAACUGAUAAGAAAAAAAGUUAUUAUUUUCCCUCUUUUUGCUCAGUGACUGUGUCAGAAAAUGUGCCGUGUCCUGUUGGGUUGCAGCAAAAUCUGCGCCCCUGCUUCCCAGCCUGUAACCGUGCUGAAGAGGUGACCUCUCGUUCAGGGGAACGCGGACCUUUCAAUCUGUGACAGAAAAGCUUGCUUUUCAGGAAAGCAUUUGUCUGUCCUGUUGUUCUUUUUUUCUUCAUGGGAAGUGCAGCUCUCAUUAAAGGGUCACUGCGCUGGCCUGCUCGCCAUCUGGGAUCCGAUAUCAGUGCUUUUAGCAGAGUCCUGCGUUCGCAUCAUAUUUUUCUCUCACCUCUAAUUCUUCGGACACCUCUGCUGUCUUGACUGCCUCCACGGACCGUGACACACACACCAUGCCCACCACCUUAAAGGUUUGUCAGACAAAUUGCUUUAAAAAAAAAAAAAAUACCACAAGUUUAUGUAGAGAAAAAAACAAAAGUAUUUCAUUUUCCCAGAAAGCCUCAUACUCUGGCUGUUUGUUUGGCUCCAGACAUCUGAUGACUAAUCAAAGCCUUAACAUCUCUCAUCACACUUGCAUUACCGGAAAAAAACACCUUGUGUACAUAGUAUAAAUAUAUAAAUAUGUAGCAGAGAAAAAGAAUUACUAAUUUAUGGUGUCACAUUCGUGUAUUACUCUGUGACAGCAAGCAUGAAGGAUUUAUUUUUUUCUAUUACAGUUUCUCUUCUCCUGUUAUUUUGCAGUGCUUUAUAAUUUAUGUUUUCUGAGUGCUUUAUUCUUGACUGCUGCGCUGUGAUUGCUGCCAAAACUGGCAAAUGUGCUUCUUCUAUACAAGUGAAGUGUAAACAGACACCAACAAAACGGUCUUACCCCAAAAUGUGCUUUCUAUUAUUGACUGCUCUGUGUAAAAGUUGUUUUUGUCUUUUUUUGUAUCGCUUUGAAUUUAUUUUGGUCUUCAAAAAGAGAAAUCAAAUGAGAAUUGUCGUCACAAUUUUGUCAUGUCUUUCUAUAUAUUUUUUUUUCGUAUUUGGUUGAUAUUAAAGGAUUCUUGAUUUUUGAAA